AUGAAAUUGCUUGGUCUUGUCCUCAUCUUUUCUGUUAUUCACGGCGGUAAGUACGAAUAAAAUAGUCAAUUCAGGAAAGUUUUAAGUAAAAUUGGACAUGGGAACUAACUUUUUGUUAAGGUUACAGUUCUUACAGUGUAGAAAAAAUAGUUUUUUUUUAACAGAAAGUUUUCAAACCACCAAAAACUUAUAAUACUACAAGCCGGAGUGAUAUUUCCAGUCAGUAAUUUCCAAGCUUACAGUAUAUUUUCAAAAUAAAAAAUCUUUUCUCUUCGUCGAGGUAUUGUUAUGUGGUCUUUAUCAAUCCAAUACUUGCAAAUGAAUAUUUUGAAACAACAGUUAAAAUUGUACGGUAACGGGUUUGCAAAACAAUUUUUAGACCAAAAGUAGCAUGCAAGCCUUCAUUGUCAAUGCAAAAAGUUAAUCCCUGUAUCAUCUCAUCCAGUUCAGUAAACUUUGGUUUCAUCACCUUAUUCUAGGUAUUUAUUUAAUACCCAUUCAUUCUGCUGCCUAAUCUCCUAGUCACCAAAUUGACCUCGGCUGUUGCGAAACAAUGAGACCGGGUUAUUCGCUGCGAAUUUUUAUGCCAUAACAUUUUGCAACGGUUUUAUCGAUAAUAAUCCAAUAUUGAGUCAUUUUGCAGCCAAUUCCCUUCGUUGCUUGACUUGUGAAGGCAGAGAUUGCGAUGAUUUGAGUGUUGUUCACAGCGAAGAAUGUCCGAAUAUUGUGAGAAGUUGCUAUUCCGUCUCCGAUGACUCGCAACAUUGUAAGUUAUGAAAGUUAUGAGACUAGCGGUCCGAAUGUUUCAAAUUUUAGUGUAUCAAGCCGGCUGCGCCUACACUGAUUGCUCCCGAAUCCGCAACCACGGGAAUUACAAGAACUGUGUGCUGUGUGAUACCGAUUCGUGUCUGCCUUAUAAUGUCAAUUAUAAGAACCGAAGACAGUCCAACGGGAUUGGAACUGGUGCCAGUAUCGGAGUGAGAGAUGAAGGGAAUGGCGUCGGAACUGGCGCUCAUAUUCGACGUGGCAACAGUGUCGCAGCCACUGCGCCUGGAGUUGUGAGCUUGGCCGUUGCUGUCUUUGUUGGACUUAUGGGUCGAUAG